AUGUUUUCAUCGACUACUUUUACUUAUACCUUCAAUGCAUUCGAGACAUAUGACCUUCAGAUUGACUGGAACGACCAAACACAAGGUGCUGCUUUGAAGCUUUCAUGGGACUGUGGAUCUGGAAGCACAGUUAUCCCAUCAAAAAAUUAUGAAACCACUAACGAUAUUGGAGGAAGCCCUUUACAAAUUUCUGUGGGCUGUAUAGAUAAAUAUGAGCAGACUCCAUCAACUACUGAUCAGUGUAGACCCAUCUGUGGAGAUGGCUUUGUCAUAGGAACUGAAGCCUGUGAUGACAACAACAUAGUUAAUGGAGAUGGCUGCAAGUCCGAUUGCACUGCUGUAGAGUCAAGCUGGGUUUGAUCUGGAGGCUCAUCAACAUCUAAAAGUGUUUGAGAAGAAUGCACUCAGGGCUUCUAUCAAAAUGACCCAUCUAACCCAACCUACUGAGUGACUAGAUGAGGAGACGGAUACAGAGUAGGCACUGAAAUUUGUGACGAUGCCAAUACUGUUGAUGAAGACGGAUGCAAGUCAGACUGCUCUGUAGAAUCUGGAUAUGUGUGAACUGGAGGAAAUUCUACCAAUCAAGAUUCAUGAGUGUUGUGUUCAACUGGAUUUUAUCCAAACGACUCAGUGCAACCAACUGAAUGAAUUACUCAAUGAAAUGAUGGAUACAGAGUUGGUUCAGAAGCUUGAGAUGACGGCAACACUAUUGAUGGUGAUGGCUGAUCCUCUGAUUGAAAUAAAAUUGAGCUUGCAUGGAAAUGAGAUACUUCCUUUCCAAAUGUAUGUAUUAGAGAUUAUAAAUCUGUCCCUAUGAGUUCCAGUGAAAAAUCAACACAAGCUGGAACUUUAUGUAUUAUUGCAAUUGUAGUUUACUUGAAUCUUAUUGGAGGAUCUCUAAGUAGCUCAUCAACAAACUCUAUACUAUCUUCAGUGAACCAAUUGCAGUUAUUGAUUUUAUUCUUACUCUGAGACAUCUUUAUACCUCUCAGAGUUGUGACCUAUCUGAGAACAUUGACAUCUUCUAUGAUUAAUAUCAACAUUAACUGGAGUUUCUUCAUAGUGUUCAGAAAAAUCUCCGAUUGGUUUGACUAUCCCCAAGAUAGGGCUGAUUUUGAUACAAUAGAGAUCAGUUCUGGAAGCUCCCUCAUAAAUUUAAAUACUAUAAUUGGAGCAUUCAUCUUAUACAUCAUUAUCCACGUCAUUUUCUGGUUCAUCAGAAAAUGAGUUAGGAAGUCUAAAUAAACUCUUGCCAAAGCUAGUCAAGAAAGUGUACAGAAGUUUCACAUUUGGUAUGUAUGUAAUCCUAGUCUUUGAAGGCUUCAUCAGCCUGUGUUUAUGCUCCUUCUCUGAACUAGGAAGGUACAAAGUAAAUGCAACUGGGGCAGAAAGAAACUCAUUCUACUUCUCUGUGUUCUUUACUCUGAUUUGCUUCGCUACUAUUUUCCUCAUCCUGUUAUUAUGGGUCCUGAUCAAGCCAAUACAACUAAACGCUAGGUGGUUCCUUCAGAAAGAACUGUACGAUGGGAUCAAGCUCAAAAGAUGGGCCAGGCUGCAGCCAAUUAUGUUCCUAGUCAGGAGAGCGAUCCUCUGCCUGAUGAUAAUCUUUGGAAGAUCCUUUCACAGAACAUUAUUCAUGAGCGCAUAUUUCUUGGUAAACCUAGCGCAUUGAGUACUGAUAUGAUGCAUCAGACCAUUUCAGAACACUUCUGAAAACAUUACAGACAUUGGAAAUGAAAUAUUUAUGACAACUUUCUGCUUAUUCUUGGUCUUCCAUAACUCAGAGAGUGACUGGAAUGACACAAAAGUAACUAUAUUCUACUGGAUGCUGGUCAUGAACAACGUAUUAGAUGCAAUGUUCUCCAUAGGUAAUUUAUUGCUUAUAUUUAGCCAUGUUCAUUUACUCACUCUGUACUUAUGUGUCGAAGCCAAAGCUGACCUUAGAGCAGAAGAUUAUGAAGAUCUCACCACGGAAAAUUAGAAGGAUGGAACUACAUGUUGCUAAGUGCUUACCCAAGAGAGAUGAAAAUACUGAUCUCCGCUGCUAUAAAUACAGGGACAAACCUGUUAGAAGAGAAGGUCAAAGCUCCUAUGUCUCUAAUCCAAGCCUUUUAAAGCUCAAUAGAUGCUCUUAGAGCAUGCUAAAUUAUAGAGGCUAUCUUGGAUGGAGCAGGCUAUAGAGUAGAAAAGAUCCUCAAGACUUUUUAUGCAUUCUCAUCCUGUCACUUAGCACAGAAGAAUGAAAAUUUCUCAAAAGAUAGAGGCUCUUGCACUCAUAA